AGGGCUGUGCAACAGGGUGACAAGGGGCAUCGCAUGGGGCAGAGCCGUGCAAUGGGGACGAGAGCGUUGCAUGGGGCAGGGUAGUCCUGCGGGCCAGCGCAGUGCACAGAGCGUGCAGGGCCUCACAGGGGGCUGCUGCUGUUGGGAGGGGCUGGCAGGCUUCGCACCCCGGGGCACAGACCCCUCUGCACUGUAGGGGCUGGCAGGUGGGGCCAGGCCAUGGGGCCUGGGCACGUGGGGCUCCCCAGAGUCCCUCUGCAGGGUCCCUGUAGCUCUGCACCCCUCAGAAAGGUCCCUUGGGUGCCAGGACGGGGGGAUGUGCUCCCAAACUGAAGGCCCGUGAGCAGCUGAUGGCCGUGGGGUGCCUGGGGAGCUGUGGGGUGGAUGGGCAGCUCUGGGCCGGACGGUGGCUGGGGGACCGGCAGCUCGUGGACCGGCAGUGGCUCUGGUGUCAGCAGCUCGUGUGCAGCGCGUGUCCUGCCCGUCGCCUGCCACCAGAGGCCUGGCUGGGGCGGCUGCUCUUGCGUCCUGGCCUCUGGGAACGCCGCUCUCCCGGGGCUGCCGGCUGCGGGGCUGUGGCCGGAGCCCUCAGCUCUUGUGGCUCUGAAACCGGUGCUUUAAUUUGUCUCUUGUUUCCGCUGGUGAAAGCUGGCACAAACCUCCGCUGCUCGUGGGUGGCAUCGCGGUGACUCAAGCCGCGGUGCGCGAGGCGCCUCGCCAGCAGCAGGUUACGCUUGCAAAUCGCUGACAGAGCCCGGGGCGUCCUCGGCGGCUGGGGCCGCUCGACGCCAUCCGGACCCUCAACACGCUGCAGACCAACGCCAGCUACCUGGAGCAGGUGAAGCGGGAGCGCGGCGACCCCCGGGCCCAGCUGGAGGCCAUGAAGGGCUUCUUGGAGCGCAGCGGGCUGACGGUCGAGGACCUGGAUCGACUGAACAUCAUCCACGUCACGGGGACGAAGGGCAAGGGCUCGGCGUGCGCCUUCACGGAGCGCAUCCUCCGCGGCUACGGGCUCAAGACGGGCUUCUACAGCUCCCCCCACCUGGUGCAGGUGCGCGAGAGGAUCCGCAUCAAUGGGCAGCCCAUCAGCAAGGAGCUCUUCAGCAAGUACUUCUGGCUCGUCUACAACCGGCUGGAGGAGACCAAGGACCCAGCACGUGCCAGCAUGCCGGCCUACUUCCGCUUCCUCACCAUCAUGGCCUUUCACGUCUUCCUGCAGGAGCAGGUGGACCUGGCGGUGGUGGAGGUUGGCAUCGGCGGCGCCUAUGAUUGCACCAAUAUCAUAAGGAAGCCGGUGGUGUGCGGGGUCUCCUCCCUGGGCAUCGACCACACCAGCAUCCUGGGGGACACCCUGGAGAAGAUCGCCUGGCAGAAAGGGGGCAUCUUCAAGCCCGGCGUGCCGGCGUUCACCGUGGCGCAGCCCGAGCGGCCGCUGGAGGUGCUGAGGGACCGUGCCCGCGAGCGCGCGUGCCCGCUCUACCUAUGCCCGGAGCUGGACGCCUUCGAGGAGGGCGGCCGAGCGCUGGCGCUGGGGCUGGCGGGCGACCACCAGCGCUCCAACGCCGCGCUGGCCCUGCAGCUCGCCCGGGCCUGGCUGCAGCGCCGCGGCUACGAGGGUAUCGGCGAGCUGAAGGAUUUGCUGCUGAGCGCCGAGGCGGGGCGGCCGGUGCCCCUGGCGUCUGCGUUUCGCCCCAGCGUUGCCAUGGUCCAAGGGCUGCGGGAGGCCGAGUGGCCGGGCCGCACGCAGGUGCUGCCCCACGGCCCCGUCACCUGGUACAUCGACGGCGCCCACACCACCAGCAGCGUCCAGGCCUGCGUCCGCUGGUUUCGCCAGGCCGCCCUCAACGAGAACAAGCCCCAGGACGGCUCCGAGGUGCGCGUGCUGCUCUUCAACGCCACGGGGGAUCGGGACACAGCGGCGCUGCUGAAGCUGCUGCUGCCCUGCCAGUUCGACUAUGCCGUCUUCUGCCCCAACUUCGCGGAGGUGUCGGUGGUGGGCAACGCGGACCAGCAGAACUUCAACGUGACGCUGGAGAACGCCCUCACCCGCUGCCUGGAGAACCAGAAGACAUGGACCCAGCUCAUGGAGGAGAAGGUGGGCCAGGACCUCUGGCUCCCGGCGCCGCUCGAGGUGGGCAGCCUGCUGAAGCCGGACCCCGUGCGGGGAGCCCUGCUCCUCAUGCCCUCCGCGGAGCGGCCCCUCAACUCCAACUCGCUGGUCUUCCCCUGCAUCUCCCACGCGCUGCAGUGGAUCGCGCAGGGCCGGGACCCCCUCGUGCCGGCGCCCGCCGCCAAGGGGGCCCACCCGCACCCCGUGGCCAGCAGCGGGGCCGUGCUGCUGCAGGAGGCCGCCGUCAUCCGCGUCCUCGUCACGGGCAGCCUGCACCUCGUCGGCGGCGUCCUCAAGCUGCUCGACCCGGCGCUCUCCCAGUAGCAGGGGGCUGGGGGGGCGGUUUGCACUUGCUUUUACUUGAAUAGCUGCUGCUUCCCUGGGUGACGCACGGAGGCGGCCAGGGGACCCUCCGGGGAAGGUGCCCCGCGGGAACGCCCCUGCGGCCGGGCGCGGCCCUCCAGCUGCUCCCCCUCGGCCCCUGCCUUGCCCCGGCUCUUCCCUGCCCCUUCCCUGCCUCUGCCCCCGAGCUGCUGCCGCUCCUGGCCGGGUGCACGGAGGGGAGGGUGACGCCCUUUCCCUGGGCGCUGCGGCCUUCGCCCCGGCUGCCGGCGCCCCGUUUCACCCAGUGCCUUUCAUCGCCGGUGUGCCGCUUCGACGGGGCCCCUCUGCCGCCGCCAUUUUGGGCUGCUCUCCCGCCAGGGCUGGCGGUCCGGGGGCAGAGCCCUGCGCGGGGGUGGCGGGAGCUGACAGGGCGGCCCUGCGUCCCCCCUGCUCCUUGCCGGCAUCCCGGUGCCCAGGGAGGGCUGGGCCGAGGUUUUGAGGGGCCGUGGUGGUGCUGGAGCCGGGGGGGAGGCCGCCCGCGGCGGUGGGCACGAAUUGCAGACGAUGCUUUGAGGUUUAAACCUUAGGGAGUUGCGACUAAUUUAACAGAGGGUAGAUUUUUUAUUAUUAUUAAGAGUUUGCAACUUUGACCAGAAGAUGGAGGGGGUGGGAGGCCCUUUUUUUUUUUAGUAUAUAUAUAUACAUAUAUAUAUAUAUUUUUAUUUUCUACAAAUCGCCUAGUUUGGAGAGGGGCGGCGAGGCAUGGCAUGACGCCCGCCCUGCCGCGGCCCGAAACCAAUAAACCUCGUGCUGCUCCGA